AUGACAGCUGUUCACGCUGCUCUCGUAGGGUACCUGCCACAACUGGACAAAAAUGCACCUUUUAAAAGUUGCCUCAAGUUCAGUGAAACGUACGGUCCAGUGAUGACCUUGCACCUGGGCUGGCAGCGGACGGUUGUUCUGGUCGGGUACGAUGCAGUGAAGGAGGCUCUGGUGGACCAGGCGGACGACUUCAUGGGCAGAGGGCCGCUGCCGUUUCUGAUCAAAGCCACCAGGGGCUACGGUUUAGGGAUCAGUAACGGGGAGCGAUGGCGCCAGCUGGUACGUUUCACCCUGUCGACCCUCAGAGACUUUGGGAUGGGACGUAAGGGCAUGGAGGAGUGGAUGCAGGAGGAGAACCAGCACCUGAGGGGGUCGCAUAGACUCAUUCAAAGGAGACAUCGAGGGGAAACUGGGAUUGAACACAACCUGACAAAGACAGAGGGAAACACAUCAGUCCAACCGUGUGAGUCUCUGGCUCGUAUGGAGCUCUUCAUCUUCGUGGUGUCUCUGCUGCAGCGUUUCACCUUCUCCUGCGCUGACGGCCCCGACGGCAUCAACCUGGAUCCAGAGUACAGCAGCUUCACCAGCGUGCCUCGACUGUACCAGGUCAUCGCUGCACCGCGGUGA